AUGGCAGAGGUAUUCUCUUCGUCGAGUUCCACGCCAGCAUCGCGUUCGUCGAGUCCGCCCAACGAAUCGAGUUGGUUGGUACCGAAGCCACAGAUCGACCAGACCGACCAGGCUCGAGAGAGUGGUCCACGAUAUCGGCAAUGGCUCUCCGAGAUCUGGCUCCUGACCAAGGCCGCCAUACCUGUGAUAUUGGCAUACACUCUUCAGAAUAGCCUGCAGACCAUAUCGGUAUUGAUCGUAGGGCGCCUAUCACCAGAGGCAUUGGCAACGGCGGCAUUCUCAUACAUGUUUGCCAUGGCCACGGGAUGGCUUGUUGCACUGGGCGGGACCACAGCACUUGACACGCUCGCAUCGACCAGCUUUACCGGGUCGCAGGACAAACACGAUCUGGGUGUUCUGUUGCAACGUGGCAUCGUGGUCUUGACCGUCUUCUAUGCUGUUAUUGCUGUCGUCUGGGGGUUUUCCGAACCUCUUUUCCGAGCGCUAGGACAGGAAGACUUCAUAUGUGUGCAAAGCUCCAGAUUCCUCUGCAUCUUGAUCCCGGGAGGUCUGGGAUAUGUGUGGUUCGAAUGCAUGAAGAAGUACUUGCAGGCGCAGGAGAUUUACCGACCGGGCACGUACGUCCUGCUCAUCACGUCGCCACUCAACGCUCUUCUGAACUGGUUGCUCAUCCACAAGGUUGGGAUUGGCUUGUAUGGGGCGCCCAUUGCCACAGGCAUUUCCUACUGGGUUUCCUUCCUCCUUCUCGUGGCCUACGCAAAAUUCGUCCGUGGUCAUGAGUGCUGGGGAGGCCUCGCCCCUCGUCGUGCCGUGGCGCACCUCUGGCCUUUCACUCGGCUCGCGCUGCUCGGCUUCGUCCAUGUUGGCACAGAAUGGUGGGCGUUUGAGAUUGUGGCUCUAGCCGCUGGUCGACUUGGCACGAUUCCUCUCGCGGCGCAAUCGGUCAUCAUGACGGCAGAUCAAAUCAUCAAUACUAUCCCCUUUGGACUGGGUGUGGCUGCUUCAGCUCGCAUAGGGAACCUUCUUGGGGCGCAGAAGCCGCGAGAAGCAGCGCGCGCGGCCCACUGCGCGGCUGUUCUGUCUGCUGUUCUUGGGGCCGUCGUUUUGACGAUUCUGAUCAGCACAAAAGACGUGUUUGGGCGCAUCUUCAACGAUGACGAGCGCGUUGUCCGGCUGGUGGGCGAGGUGAUACCGUUUGUGGCACUGUUCCAGAUAGCAGACGGCCUCAACGGUAGCUGUGGUGGAGUGUUGAGAGGCAUGGGAAGACAGUGGGUAGGCGCGCUGGUGAACCUCGUGAGCUACUACGGCGGAGCGCUGCCGAUGGGGAUUUACCUUGCGUUCCAUGGCUGGGGAUUAAAGGGGCUGUGGUUUGGCAACUGUGUGGCUCUAUACCUAGUAGGGAUUUUGGAGUGGAUUAUUGUUGGUCUAAGCAGAUGGGAUAAAGAGACGAAGAGGGCUCUGGAUAGACUGCAUGCCGGUGGUAUGGGCGGACCAGAUGAUGUUGGCGUGGGGGAGAUCUCAGCUCGAGGUCAAGUGUAG